AUGGCGGCAGCGGUGGCGCAGCGGGACCGGGACCGGCGGCACCCCACGUGCUCCCGCGCCGCGCGCGCGCCGACGCCUCUCGCGAGAGCCGGCCCCGCGACGCCCCUCCGCGGGACUCUCGCGAGAGCCUCGCGAGAUCUGCCCAGCCGCCAUCUCGGUGCUGCGGAGGCGGCCGGCGGUCACCGGGACGAACGGACGCUCUGCCGCCAUGCUGUCCCGCCUCGUCCUCCGCGCCGCCCCGGCCGUGCUGAAGGGCCUGCAGGGCCUGCCGCCUCCCGUCUCGGCGGGGAAAUCUAUGUCAUUAACCAUGAGACAGUUGCAGCUGCCUGCAUAUUGACAGUCAUCAUUUAUGCUGUUAAAAAGUAUGGUGCUGACGUAGCAGCUUUUGCUGACAAACUUAAUGAGGAGAAAAUUGCUAAAGCUUUAGAGGUGAAAAAUGAAGCAAUUAAAGCAUUGGAGACUGCCAUUGAGGAGGAGAAAAAGGAGCAGUGGAGAAUUGAAGGCCGCAGUUACCUUUUUGAUGCUAAGAGGAAUAAUAUUGCAAUGUUGCUGGAAGCUAAUUACCGAGAAAGAUUACUGACAGUGUACAAUGAAGUAAAGAAAAGGCUGGACUAUCAAGUAGCUCUGCAGAACUUAAAGCGUCAGAAAGAGCAAGAUCACAUGGUUCAGUGGGUGGAGAAGAGUGUUAUUCAGAGCAUCACACCUCAGCAGCAGAAGGAGAGCAUUGCAAAGUGCAUUUUGGACCUGAAGGCACUGUCAAAGAGCGCCCAGGUGGCGGUGUAG